UUUGGAUUCAUUCCGUAUUUCGAUGAUUCGUACGAUCUCUCCAGUAGCACUGUUUGUUUAGGUGUAACCCAUGGCCAUCACAGUGGACUGAACCAUUUGUUCUAUCACCUUAUUGCCACAUUUGGUGUAAGUGAUCAUCAGGGAGGCAUAGCUAUUCUAUUUCUGGCGUUACUUCUUCGUAUUGGUUACGAUAAUUCAUUCCGUCAUCUCGCGGUUGAGAUUGGUGGACCCAAGCGACUGUACUCUCUCGUGACCACGUGUUCAGCCAUGAUCCUCACUCCUAUUGGAGUGCUUUCACUGAAUAUCCCGGAUGACGAAGAAUUCGAACAUCAUCUAUGCGAGGCGUUA